AUUUGUGAAAUGAAGUUUCAAACUGGCUGCAGCAAAAUGUCUUCUCUUCUGAUGUUCAGUUUAUUUGUUUCGCUUCUUCAGUCUGGUUUCACCCAAAAAAAUCCAAAAUAUUUUUAUAUUUUUAAGGAGAUAGAUCAAAUUGUGUUCACUGGACCAGACAUUCCUGGAAAUGGUCCUGUUGGCUGGGAUUGGAAACCAAGCCACAUUCAAGGCACACAUCGACUUGUGACAUUUUAUAAAGAAGGAUCCAGAGGGUGGACCCCACGUUGGGAAAGUAACUUCGUAUACAUUGGCAUCUUUCAUGCUAUGAUCGAUAUAGCUGGUACCGUUGAUCUGAUAAUUACUCGUCCCACAUUUAAAUUUGCAGGAUCUAUUAUCUUGGUGCAAAGAGAGCCCAGUUAUGAAACCUUGGAACAAUAUGAAAUUUUUGGGAUCGAAGUUGUAGCAAAUCCACGAUCACCUCUGAAGGACAGUGACGUCACCCUCAGCUGUACCAUCUCCAGACUCCCAGAUACCGUCAGUCUCCACUGGAGACCAGUGGGCUCAUCACAGCAGAGCAGGAGAAACACUGAUCAGAUCCGGCUGAAUAACACCAUCUAUCUGAUGGUCCGACACGUUACAGUGGAGGAUGUGGAGUUGUAUCAGUGUGAAGUGCGGGAAAAUGGAAACGUUGUUGGUACAAGCAAAGCAGAUUUUACUGUAGACAUGGGUCCACAUAAUAAACAUUACACACUGUAUCGCUCAGUUAUGGAUCACAGUGAAUUUCACCUCAUGUGUUACAGCAAUACUGAAAAUUACAACAAUGCUGCCUGGACUUGGCUGUCAGAUCUUCAUCAAAGUUCAUGGAAAACAAUUGCAACAGCAUUUAAAUCUCAGCCCAUGAAUGUCAGUGAGAGUCACUUUGUGAAUCGACUGAUGCUCACAAAGACACCUUUUAACGGCUGGAAUUUCAGAAUGAGGGUUUUUCCUGUGGUGUUUGAGGAUGCAGGAGAGUACACCUGUAGACUGGAAACUAUUACAUUUAUGACUAUCACACUAAGCACGGUUAAAGUCACAGCUGAACCGUCUGAUACAGUGACUGAGGGAGACACCGUUACCCUGAGCUGCUCUGUGUCUGACGUCACUGCAUCAACGAGACUGGUUUGGAUCAAUGGAGACGGUGAAACUGUUGGAGAAAAGGCACUGAGUGGGGAAGAGAAAUCACUGAGUCUGAUCAUACAAAAAGCUGACAGAGGCAGAGGGAAAUGGACAUGUGGUGUUUUUGAUCAGAAAACACUCCAACUUUCAGUACCAUAUAAUCUGGAAUUCAGAGUGAGAUCUCUUCCGGACCGUUGGAUCAUCACAAUUGCUGGAUACCUGUUCGUUAAACUGGUCGUUGGUCUUGGACUCAUCUACAGUUUGACGAGGAAAAACAGAAUCAUGCCUCAGGGAUGUAACAGAAGGGGACGAGCCAGAGGCCAGAGAAGGAGAGGAAUGUCGCAUCAGAGUUACAAGGUGACAGAAUUCAGAUGAAGUGAGAGGAAGAGCAACAGAUGAUUCACAGGAAGAUGCCACAUUUCAGGCCUCGAAAUCUGAUACUGAUCUGAGAUUCGUGAAUGAACAUUGCAGCCCGCAGGUGCCUACUCGGCCCAUCAUGUCCAUUCCCCAGAGAGAUGCACAGGUUCAAGAAUCCAGAUUGAUAGAGCCUGGAAACUUUGGAACCUGACUUCUGAUUUUACUCUCAAUUUAUUGCCUGUAACAUGAAAACUUAAUUCCCCAAAGAAAAUAUUGCAAGCAAUUUUCACCUCAGUACUGGUAACUGUGCUUGGCAAGAAUAUUCUUUCCAGGGAACUGUAUAAAUUUCCAAACUCGAGAAUGUACCUUUGUAAGCAUCUCAAACACAGGCAGACUGGAGAGCACAGCGUCAUUUUGGACAAAAUUUGCCGCACUUCGUUCACAGUGAGAACUUUGUCAAGAGAUGAAAUUUGCACAGAAAUUUCUGUCUAGCAUUUCAUCAACUACUGCACAGCUGCAGCAAAGCAUUCUUGCUUUGUAAUUCCUCUUGUAUUCAGUGCCAACAAUAUACUGUUUGCCUUGUUAAUAGCUUACUGCUCCAGAACCCACUUCUUGCUUUCUGUAUUUGAAGUACAAAGACACCAAGAUUUAGUUGCAACUUCCAUUUACCCAUUCUAUUAUCAUUCACAUUAUAUUUCCUUCAGCUUUUAUGGCCAUAACUCGGUGUAGCAUCGUAGCAUUUUGGUAAUUGUAACAUCAUUAUAGUGCCAGCAAACCAGCUUCAAUACUGCUACUGUCUGUAAGGAGUAUGCACGUUCUCCCUGUGACUGCAUGGGUUUCCUCUGUUUGCUCUGGUUUCCUCCCAUAAUCCAAUGACAUAGGGGCUAAUAUGUUAAUUGAUCACAUGGCGUAAUUUGGGAGCAGAAGCUUAUUGGGCCAAUAUUACCUUUUACUGUGCCCUUCAUCUAAAUAAAAAAAUAGAUAAUAUAUGCUUCUUCAAUAUAGUCAAUGUCUAUAAUGUAACAAUUAGUGGCACUAUCUGUCAUGAAUACCUCUAAUCUGAAAGACUUUGGAAGUUUUAUGAAAUAAUAAGUCUGUAGUUUGUGAAUUAGACUCAUACGAUUGUAGAACACAGAAGCUCACUGUGUCCAUUCUCACCACCCAGAAUCUAUUUCCUAUCAGAGGGCAAGUGCCGGUACAACACAGCUAUCACAACAAUAAUGAUAAGACUCUGAACAUAGACUGAAUUCUCUGUUGCCUGCAUAAUAUGUCAUUCUGAAUCUAGAAGCAGCUUAUAUUGUAUUUGCCUGCAAUUAAAAGUCAA